AUGCUUAAAAGAAAAAAAGAAUUCGCUUCCAAAGUUCCGGAAGGUUCGGAAGUGAAGGUUGGACAGCUAAUUGCUAUUUUAGUAGAAAAAGGAACGAAUUGGAAAUCAGCGGUUGUUCCUACAGCGACCAAAGUUGCAGCUUCUGCAACUCCUGCUGCAGCAGUUCCGACUCCUAAAACUGGUGCUCCCUCUGCGCCAUCUCCUUGCGGUCCCAAACCUCCAGCCAGUGGCCAAGUUUACGGUUUGUCCGUAAAACGACUUCUGGAAGAAUAUGGUUUGAGUUCCGGCUCGAUAAAAGGAACCGGUCGAACAAAUCGACUCCUGAAGAGCGACGUUUUGACUUAUAUUCAAUCCAAUAAUCUCCAGAGAGUCGCUCCACAAACAGGUGAAAUUAAAUAG